AGCAGCAGCCUCUGGACGUCGCUGGAGCCCCCGCUCGGAUCAGCCCGUCUGUUAGCAAUGAACGCCUCGUGCUGCCUGCCGUCUGUGCACCCAACGCUGCCCAACGGCUCCGAGCACCCUGCCAGCCCUGCCUUUGGCAACCAGAGCGGCAGCGGGUUCUGCGAGCAGGUCUUCAUCAAGCCCGAGGUCUUCCUGGCGCUGGGCAUCGUCAGCCUGCUGGAAAACAUCCUGGUCAUCCUGGCUGUGGUCAAGAACGGCAACCUGCACUCGCCCAUGUACUUCUUCCUCUGCAGCCUGGCGGCGGCGGACAUGCUGGUGAGCGUGUCCAACGCCCUGGAGACCGUCAUGAUCGCCGUCGUCAACAGCAACUCCCUGGCCCUCGGCGACCGGCUCAUCCAGCACAUGGACAACGUCUUCGACUCCUUGAUCUGCAUCUCGCUGGUAGCUUCCAUCUGCAACCUCCUGGCCAUCGCCGUGGACAGGUACGUCACCAUCUUCUACGCGCUCCGCUACCACAGCAUCAUGACCGCGCGGAAGGCCCUCGCCUGGAUCGCGGCCAUCUGGGUGAGCUGCGGGGUCUGUGGCGUGGUGUUCAUCAUCUACUCCGAGAGCAAGAUGGUCAUCGUGUGCCUCAUCACCAUGUUCUUCGCCAUGCUGCUCCUCAUGGGCGCCCUCUACGUGCACAUGUUCCUCUUCGCCCGGCUGCACGUCCAGCGCAUCGCGGCACUGCCGCCCGCCGACGGGGCGGCCCCGCCGCAGCACUCGUGCAUGAAGGGGGCUGUGACCAUCACCAUCCUGCUGGGGGUGUUCAUCUGCUGCUGGGCCCCCUUCUUCCUCCACCUCGUCCUCAUCAUCACCUGCCCCACCAACCCCUACUGCGUCUGUUACACCGCCCACUUCAACACCUACCUGGUCCUCAUCAUGUGCAACUCCAUCAUCGACCCGCUCAUCUACGCCUUCCGGAGCCUGGAGCUGCGUACCACCUUUAAGGAGAUUCUCUGCAGCUGCAACGGCAUGAACCUGGGCUAG